AGCUUUUGAGAAUUCCAAACUGACAUCCAAAUUUCUCAUGAUAUAUCAAAUCCCAAUCCUCGUUGACCUUCAUCUUCACCAAGGAAACCAUAAAACAGGGUACUAAAUUUAGUCUCGGAAGCAGCUGAUUCCCUCCUCCCCACAAGAAACGAUGGGUUAUUUGACCGAAUUGCGAAUAUCAACAUCCUCCUGCGGACAACCAACGGCAUGUCACAUGCGGGUUUCGAAUAUCUAUUGAUCGAAUGGCGGUUGGCCAUCUAGUUUUUGUGUUUUACAUACUUGAACUUGGAGCUGAACUGAAAAUAGUAGAAAUUGAAAAGAUUAUUGGGUUUUCGACUUUAGAAGAUUUUAUGGCGGUGGAAGGAGAAACCUCUGCCAGCAACGUGGUGGCUGCUGCCGCUGCCGCAUAUCCUGGUGUUUCAUUGCUGUGGAGACGUGUCGUGGCCGUUCUCGUUUUUCUACUCCUCCCCUCAGUUGCUGUCUGCUCUGCUCCCUUGUCCCAGCAAGAUUCCAGAAGCAAUUCAUCAUCCCAUCGCCUACUAGCUAGCACUAGCACAAACAUGGUGAGAACUUAUAAAAGGGUUUGGAAAAUGUUCUAUCAGAAACUUCAGGUUUGCCCAACAUAUCCUAUGCGCAAUGAUCAGGACAGGGCAAAUAGCACUGCAGGUUCAGAGAAGGUCAUUAAAGCUUCAUGUAUUAGAGAUGCAUUGAAAUUGUUGGAUGCCAACUUCUUCAAUGAUACCAAGGUCCUGGAGAUUGAAAAGGGUGCAUUAGAGUUCAACAUUCCUAUAAUAAGAGCCAACAGGAAGUUAGUUGCUUCUGUUGAUGGAGGGCUACAUAAUCCAUCUCCUUUGGUUUUUAAUCCUCAGUGGAGGAGGGAAAAGUCACAAGGCAAAUGCAAAAGAUUUAGUCAUUCUACUGUUUCUGGAAUUCAGAGGCCAAAAAGUGAGGAAGAUAUUGCCUUCAUGACUGUUCUUGAGUUGGGAGAACUUAUUAAAACAAAACAAAUCACUUCUGAGGGGCUUACAAGGAUUUUUUUGGAGAGAUUGAAAAGAUACAAUCCUGUUCUUGAAGCUGUGGUUACUUAUACUGAGGAUUUGGCUUACAAACAAGCAAAAGAAGCUGACAAAUUGCUUGCUGAAGGAGUCUAUUUAGGACCUCUGCAUGGCAUCCCUUAUGGGUUGAAGGAUAUAAUCUCAGUACCAGGCUACAAGACAACUUGGGGAUCAACAACUUUUAAAAAUCAAAUUCUGGAUAUUGAAGCCUGGGUAUAUAAGAAGUUAAAAUCUGCUGGAGCUGUCCUUGUUGCAAAGCUUGUCAGUGGAUCAUUGGCCUAUGAUGACAUCUGGUUUGGUGGUAGGACUAGAAACCCAUGGAAUAUUGAGGAAUUUUCAACUGGUUCAUCAGCAGGGCCUGCUGCCUGUACCUCAGCUGGCAUGGUUCCAUUUGCAAUUGGUUCGGAAACAGCUGGGUCCAUAUCCUACCCUGCAGCUCGGUGUGGUGUGACUGCUCUGCGUCCAACUUUUGGUACUGUUGGACGAACUGGUGUAAUGAGCUUAUCAGAAAGCUUGGAUAAGCUUGGCCCCUUCUGUAGAGAUGCUGCCAGUUGCGCAAUUAUUUUGGAUGCCAUCCGUGGGAAGGAUCCAGAUGACCUUUCAUCACGUGACAUCCCCUUUGAUGACCCAUUCUCGGUUGAUAUUACGAAGCUUACAGUUGGUUAUCUUGAAGAUGCUGAGAUGGAGGUUGUUCAUGUGCUUGCAUCAAAGGGUGUCAAUGUAGUUCCUUUCAAGCUGAAUUACACUGUUGACUCUGUCCAAGGUAUACUGAAUUUCACAAUGGAUGUGGACAUGUUGGCACACUUUGAUGAAUGGCAGCGCUCAUUACAAGAUGAUGUUUAUGAAGCUCAAGAUCAAUGGCCAGUGGAAUUACGUCGUGCUCGUGUAGUGUCAGCAGUAGACUAUAUGCAGGCACAAAGAGCUCGGGGAAAGUUAAUUCGAGAAGUGAAAGAAAGUUUUACUGUUGAUGCAUUUAUUGGCAAUGUGACUGACUGGGAGAAAGUUUGCCUGGGAAAUCUUGUUGGCCUACCGGUGAUUGUUGUCCCAACUGGAUUGAAAAACAUAUCAGAUCCACCAUCCGGUCAUACUCGUAGAAGAACCACAGUCAACACUGGCAUUUAUGCGCCUCCUGACCAUGACCACAUAGCAUUAGCAUUGGCAAUGGCUUAUCAAUCAACAACCAAUCAUCAUAAGCAGCGUCCACCUAUCGAUGAUCUUGGACCAAACGACAAAAUUCCCAGUCCCCCAAUGGUCACCAUCCCUCCUCGACUGCCGCAUGGUUAAGAGACUUUACCUCAGAAGCUUGGUGCUUGCUUUGCAGUCCUGAAGGCAGCAGGUCCACCAUUAUUCAUUAAUGUGACACCAUGAAAUACUAGAUGUCAAUGAACUUUUAAAUCCUUUUUAUUUUUAUAUGCGUCAUAUGGAUGAUCCCCUGUUAAAGUAGACUCAUUUGAUUCUCGAGCAUGAAACAUCACUUUUUGCAGAAAAGUUUCUGCGCGGCAUAGCAUUAUGCUCUACUUUGGGACUUUUGGUCAUGAAUUCUUGAAACGAUUUUA